GUUGGCAGUACUGGGCAGUCAGUACCAUCGAUAUAUCGACAGAAUUCAAAAAUUAACGAACCAAGCUGAACCAAGCUCGAUCGAGCCGGAUCGAACAGAGAACCUGUUGCCUUGAUAUUAAAUAUCAUUUACAAUAUUAAUAAAAUGGCUGAGUUUAAAACACCGACGACAAACAGGUACAGAAGCAGAGUCCAGGAUAACGCGGAACUGCAAACGCCUAUUAAAAUACCGGCGUCGCCAUUUCUCGAACAGAUAGGUUACGGAUGUGGUGUUUCUGUGUUUAGUUUGGAACGAUCACCGAAGGUUGGUUUUGCUCGAUCGCCAUGGGCAAUAAAGAAAAGGAAUUACAAAAUUCAGGAACACGAAAAGUACAAUGAACGCAUUCGACUCGAAGCAGAAAUACUUCGUAAACUAAAUCAUCCGAACAUUAUCGGUUUUCGUGGACUCACCGAAGUUGCGAACGGUGAACCAUGCUUAGCAAUGGAGAAAUUGGACACUUCUUUAGGUGAUAUGAUCGAACAGAGACUUGAUGCUGGCGAAGACUCGUUUCCUGCCAAAGACAUUUUAAAAAUUGCUAACGAAAUUGUAAAAGGAUUGGAAUAUUUACAUCAUACCGCUCAUAUUUUACAUGGCGAUGUAAAAAGCCAUAAUGUGUUGCUUUCCAAAGAUUACAAAACUGUUAAACUUUGUGAUUUUGGAGUGUCUGUCCCGCUUAAGGAAUCUUUAGAAAUUGACACGUCAAAAGGAAAUUUUAAGUAUGUAGGGACUGAGUGUUGGAGUGCACCUGAAAUAAUAAAUGAGGAUGGUCCAGUUACAAAUAAGGCAGAUAUUUGGGCGUACGGUCUUGUGAUUUGGGAAAUGAUUGCUUUGUCUACACCGCAUCUAGGAGAUCUAGAAAGUGAGAAUUCUUCAUUUGAUGAAUCAAUGACAGACUUAGAAACAACAAAGGAUGAUGAACACAGUAUCAAUAUGGAUGAUAGCAUUGUAUUCCUUAAGGAAAUGAUCAGUUCUAAGUAUGGUACUCGUCCUCCAUUACCAGCCAUUAACCUAGGGAAAGAAUAUGAAAAAGUACUCGAGUUAUAUUUUGCAUGCACUACUUCAGAUCACAAUCUUAGGCCAAGUGCUAAAGGUAUUUGUAAAUAUUUCGAAAAUUAUAUCUGUAAAAAGUCUAAAUGAUCCUAUUCUAUUUUACAUUUUUUUUACAAAAAAGAUUAAGGAUACUGUAUGUCAUUGUUAAUAAAAUAAAUUUUUCACUUUUAUAAAAA